AAAUUGAAUGUCAAUGCCCGACCCUACUGAGUAAUAUAAUUAAUAUAUUUUUAUAAUUUAAGAAUGAAUUUUUAAAUAUUUUAAAUAAUAAUUUGGAAGGUAAUUAGAAAUUUUUAAAAGUAUAGUCAAAAUGGCAUUUUCAUUUAAAACGUUGUUUAACCGUAUAAGGAGGGGAAAUGUACCUACUACAGGUUCUCCAGCAAAGGUAUACACUUUAGGAGUAUUAAAUUUUCUUUUAUUUGGAUUUGGUACCGCAAUUAGCGGUAUCACUAACGGCUGCACUGAGGAUAUCAUCAUCGGAAUCAUGCAGUUUAUCAUCCCUUUUCUAGGCUGGAUUUGGUCUGUAAUUUGGGGCUUCCUCAUGAUAUCAGAUAAGUUCAGGGAAUCCAAAUACCCAGGAGCUCACUCCACCCUGAUCUACGAUGAGGUUUAACACCGACUUGUACUAUACCGCACCUAAUUCUCUUUUCCACCAAUACUUCUAAUUUAUUAC